GGGGGGGGGGGGGUAAACUUUAUUUUAUGCAGAUAUACCGUAUACUUAAAACUUAUAGAUAUUCGGAAUCUAAAUAAACUUAAUCAGUGGAAAUUGUAAAGCAUAACAUAAUAAUAUUAUUAUCUAAGCUAAAUCAAUAUUGUAAUAUGUACAAUUAAAUUAAAUUAUGUAAAAAGCUUGAUAACAUGAUGGUUUAUUUAAUAAAAACAUUCUGCAUAUCUAUAUUGCUUAUAAUGUAUCACACUGUGCGUUUAUAUAUUAAUUAUAGCUUAUAAUAACUAAGUCAUACGCACAAACAUAAAAUUUUUUUUUUUUGUAACCAUUUAUUAUUAAUUAAUGAUUUUUACUGUACUAUAUAUUUAUUCUUAUUUAGCUGUUAACUAUUACCAUUGGUACUAUUAAUUUUUACUUCUUUAUUGUAUCCAAAUUCUGUUAUAAGAUAAGCUGAAUUGUACUUAUAAUUAUUCAAAUUGCUAAAAGGUUUAAUACCCGUUUAUUAUACAUAAAUAAAUAAAUAACAUAAUAAGAAAGUACCUUGAAUUGUACAAAAAAGAUAUUAGAAUAGUUUAUAUACUAAAUAUUAUUAUAGUAAUAUUUUAAUGUAGUAAUUCUAUAACACUACGCUCAAAGCUCAGACAGUCAAACACAACGAUGCACAGUGAAGAAUAAUUCAAGAUAAAGAGAACGUGUCGUGUCAUAUUAUUUUCAGUUGAAGUUCACAGUUAUCACGAAUAGGAAAACAGGCUUUCAUUUUACACUUAGAUCAUUAUACUAUGGAAAUGCAUUAUACUAUGCAAAUGAUUUAAUUGUUAUCGAAAACGUUAGUACAUUAGGAUAUUGUUUAAGUAGGUAGUGACAAAGUGUUCUUGGACUUCGACCAUUUAAAAAUCGCGCUUCAGACGAUAGCAAAGUUUCAUGGACUUUCGUAUACUGCCAUACACAAAGGUCCUCGUAGAAUUUACGAUGUCAUAAAAAACUUUCAUAAAAUCCAGCUCGACGAGAACAGGCACUGGAUGUCUCAGCACGAUAUCUUUAAGAAGUGCGGUAAACGAGGAGUGGACCGACUGUUGGAUCGAGACGGGGAAAGGUACCGGGACCACGUGCACAUACGCCGCUUGAACAAGCUGUUCGAUGACUCCAAGAACACGUUAAUGCAGACCUUAAACGGCCGAGAACCAUUGUCCGUCAUAUGUCACGGCGAUUUGCAUCGCGAAACUUUGAUGUUCCAGUACGACGAGCACGGACGUCCGUACGACGCACUAGCCGUAGACUUUUUUAUGCUACAUUACGGGUCACCAGCAUUGGAUCUGGCAUCGUUCCUGUAUAUGUCUACCACUCAGCGGGUGCGUGAAAUGCACUGGGACGAGUUGCUGGACACUUACUGCGCCGCACUGGCCGUGUCCGUCCCGCCCGGCGUCUGCGUCCCUGGCCGCGCAGAAAUUGACGCCGAGAUGGCUGCGACCACCGUCAACGCGUUCGCCAAAACGAUGAUUGGCCUGCCGUUUUUGUUGCGCACAAAAAACGAUGAACUGGAUUCGUUAGUGACGAGCGACGACCCGGUGGACUACUUUCUUGCGUUGGGUGGCGACAUGGCAACCGAAUGCUUGGCCGAAAUUGUGCAGCAUUUAGUCGACAUGGGCUACACGGAUGUAGGGCGUGACUUGCACUCUGAUCCAGCUGAGAAUUUAAUCUCAAAACAGUUUGUCCACAUAUGUGAUUGAAGUAAUUUGAACGUUUUGUUCCUUGUUGUUUGUCUUAACAUUUUUCAGACCAUUUAUAUUUAAGUAUAGAUUGUUGAGUGGAUUAUAUUAUUUUCAUUCCAAUGUUUGGUGUACAGCAUGACGUGUGUAUUAGUCGAACGCAAUAGUUUAUACAAUUUAUUACUAUAAAAAAUAUUUUUUAUUAUAUUAAACUAUAAUAUUAAUAUACGAUAAAAUUGGGUAUUUUAUCAUCUUAACUUACAUUUGUAUUAUAUUAUUGUAGGUAC